UUCAACAGGUUUCGUGUUCGUGUAGGUAGGUGUGCGUGAAGUGCAAAAAGUCAACGCGAGAAUUUCGGGCGGCGACUCGCAGUGGAGAGAGAGAGAGAGAAGCACCAAUCAGAAGUGUUUACAUAAAAUCGACGACUCGUUAUCGGUAGAAAAAAAAAGAAGUCUCUCGCCUUGACGAAAUAAGAUUACGAAUUUUAUAAUUCUUGCCAGUUCAUUCCGUGAGUCGCCGAGAGGGACUACGCUUGGGAACGACUGUUUAAUUUUAGAUAAUAGUGUUUUUAUACAGAGAGUUUAUCGUUGUUGUUUGUACAAAACAGUAGAGUAUUAAGAUGGUGACUGAUAAUUUAAGGUUCGACGGAAGGGUUGUUAUUGUUACGGGUGCUGGAGCAGGUUUGGGAAGAGCCUAUGCACUUUUAUUCGGCUCCAGAGGGGCCAGCGUUGUUGUAAAUGACUUGGGUGGUGGCAGACACGGUGAUGGAAGCAGUACCAAAAUUGCAGAUACCGUUGUCGAUGAGAUUCGCAAAUUGGGUGGCAAAGCUGUCGCUAACUACAAUAAUGUACUGGAUGGUGAUAAGAUAGUUCAGACUGCAAUUGAUGCCUUUGGAAGAAUUGAUAUUGUUAUAAAUAAUGCCGGCAUUUUGAGAGACAAGUCCUUUGUUCGAAUGAGCGAUACAGAUUGGGAUCUCAUCCAUGAUGUUCAUGUAAAAGGAUCAAUGAAAACAACUAGAGCUGCAUGGCCAUAUUUUCGUAAACAAAAUUUUGGCAGAGUCAUAUUGACUUCGAGCAACAGUGGCCUUUACGGGAACUUUGGCCAAGCAAAUUACAGUGCUGCUAAACUGGGCCUUGUUGGACUGGCUAACACUUUAGCCAUAGAGGGUGUCAAAAAUAAUAUUCAUACUAAUGUAAUUGUACCAACUGCUGCCUCUAGAUUGACAGAGGACAUUCUUCCUCCUGAAUUCUUUGAGCAGCUGAAACCUGAGUACAUAGCUCCUGUAGUGGCCUGGCUGUGCCACGACGAUUGUAAAGAAAAUGGUUCCAUCAUCGAAUCAGCCAUUGGUUGGGCUGGAAAGUGCCGAAUCGUUCGAUCCAAUGGUCAUUUAUUGAGAAGAGACAUGAACGAUAUUGUUACUCCUGAAGCUGUCAGAGACAAUUGGAAUACUGUAACUGACAUGACAAAUGCUAAAGCUUAUGAUUCAAUUCAAGAAGUGACUGGCGAAAUAAUGGGCUCCCUUGAAAAAUUAAAGUCUGGCAACUCAUCUUCAAGCCAAGAAUUUGUCAUGCAAACAAACUACACACACCGUGAUGCUAUCCUGUAUGCUCUUGGAGUGGGUGCUACCAGACAAGAACUACGGGACAUCUGUUACUUGUACGAGAAUCAUGAGAACUUUUCACUCAUACCGUCGUUUUACGUGACAUUUGGACCAAUGGGUCUUAUGACUACCACCUUAGUUCAAGAUGCUCUUCCUAAUGUUCAAUUGGACCCAACCAGGAUUUUACACGGAGAACAAUAUUUGGAAAUUCAUAAAAAACUUCCAGUAGAAGGAAAAGUUGAAAGCCGAUUCAGGAUACAGGAUGUCCUGGAUAAAGGAAAAGGAGCUGUGGUUCUUGUGCAAUACGAAACUUACGAUGUAGCUACAGGGGACAAACUUACAACAAAUCAAAUAUCCGCAUUUGCAGUAGGAGCGGGUGGAUUUGGAGGUCCUCGUAAUUCGCGACAUCUUGUUCCAUGUGUGGAGCCUCCUAAACGAAAACCUUGUGUUUCUGUCACUCAAAAAACAAGUCCUGAUCAAGCUGCAAUCUACAGAUUAAGUGGAGACUACAAUCCGCUUCAUAUGGACGACAAUAUUGCAACUAUGGCAGGAUUUUCUGAACCUAUUCUGCAUGGCUUGUGUUCUCUUGGUUUUUCAACCAGACACGUAUUGCAAACUUUUGCUGAUGGAGACCCAGAUGCCUUGAAAACAUUGAAGGUUCGAUUUGCUAAGCCAGUACUACCAGGACAGACACUUCGUACUGAUAUGUGGCGCAACGGCAAUAGGAUUCAUUUCCAAACUACAGUUGUAGAAAAUAACUCUAAUGUUAUAACUGGUGCUUACAUGGACCUGAAAGAAGUCAAGACUCCGUCCAUCAUGUCCAACUUGUGCUCCGCUGCCAAAAAUUUAGAAAGUGAUGCUGUCUUUGCUCAGAUGGCUGAUUACGUUAAAUCUCAUCCAGAACAAGUUAAGAAGAUAAAUGGAGUAUUCCACUACAUUGUUACCUCAAAGGGAGAGCCCCAGGCUGAUUGGACUUUGGACUUGAAAAAAUGUGUUGUAUACAAAGGAAAACCUGAAGGAAAAGUUGAUACUACACUCACAAUUGAUGACAAGGACAUGAUUCAACUGGCUCUUGGAAAGCUGAACCCACAAAUGGCAUUCAUGAAGGGAAAACUAAAGAUCAAGGGAAACAUUAUGUUGACCCAGAAAUUGAAGUCGUUAAUUGAUGCCAACAAACCAAAGUUGUAAAUUUUCACUUUUAUAUAAUAGAUCAAAGCACGGGAACAUGCCAUGACUUACAAAGUCUAAACCUCUUUUUGUGUUGUAUUUAUAAGUUUGUUAUUUUUGUUUACCACUUUUAAUCAUUCCUCUGUACGAACCUCUAAGCAUUUAGAAUGGCCGGGAAAAAAGGAACAAUUCAUGGGCUCAAAGUAUUGUAGACUUUUUUACAAAAUAAAUGUGAAAAUAAAGUUAUUUGUUUACUAUAAAAA